AUGGUCGUUAUGAACUUUCGGCCUGUGUAUUUAAAGCGGUUGUACCACGGAAUCGUUGGCAAUGUACCCGAAAUAAGAGUAUUAGCCGAAAUGUUGGCUGUUCCAUUUAACUGGGAGACUUCUGCAGGAUAUAAAAUAUUACUCAGGACAAUAUCAUUGUUACAAGACAACUCCUUCAAACAGAAUCUUUCAGCCAACUGUAAACGCCGCAAGGACAAUGGAGGUAUGCAAUUUUCAACUUCCAUAGAAACAAUAGGAGUGGUGCGCAUGGCUCCACUGAUUAUUCUCAGACCCAUAUUCUGUAUCACAUCCAAUUUUCUUAACAAUGUGCUACUAAUAUUCAUGUAA